AUGCGUACCUACCUUCUCUUCGCUGGCCUCUCGGCCCUUGCUAUGGCCCAGAGCUCUGGUGCUGCCGACACCGACUCCAACGCUGUUGUCACUAGCCAGCCGCAGCCGGCCACCUCGCAGCAGGCCGCUGUCACCUCGCAGCCGACUGUCGAGACCUCGCAACAGCCUGCCGUCACCAGCCAGCCCGGCGUCGUGACUUCGCAGGACCCUGCCGCCUCGACCCCGGCUGGCCUGUCCUCUCCCGUCGUGGUUCCCUCUUCCACCCGCACCUGGGCCACUGCCUCUCGCAGCGGCGCCCCCAACAGCUCGGGCGCGACUACGACCACCGGCACCACCACCAAGUCCGGCUCUGACUCGACGACUUCGGAUGGCAGCUUCAGCUCUGGCGCCAGCAGCAGCCCUUCCAUUGGUGGUGCUGCCAUGGCCACUGCUGCCCCCGCCGGCCUGGGUCUCGUGGCUGGUGCUGCUCUGGCUGCCUUCCUGUAG